AUGACCACGUUGGACACUGACUUCUUCCUUGAGUGUUCUUUGCUCAAGAGUAUGUUCCUGGUCCGUGGGUACCCAGAAGAUCUUUUAGACAACUUGAUUAAUGAAGUUAGUACUAAGAGAAAUAACAAGCACCUUUUACCAAUUCUUCCUGAUAGAACUACAUCGGAUUUAUGUAACGAAACUUGUAGUCAAGUUGUACUUCCCCACUUAAAUGGUGACCUAACUUAUGACAACAGUGUUAAUUUUAUAACUACCUUUAGUCCACAAAGUUCGUCUUGUAUUAAGAUCCUUAAGAAAAACUGGAACUUAUUUAAAAUAAAUGAAUCUAUUUAUAGUAAAUUAGGUGAUUUACCUAGGGUUACAUUCAGAAAGGGAAAUAAUUUAAAAUCUCUUUUAGAACAUGCUAGUACCCCUCAUGUCAGUAGACCAGGGAUGAGUAAAUGUGAAAACUGUAACUUUUGUAAGUAUGUUGAAGUGACUAAUUCUUUUAGUAUUAAUGGUAUACGUUACAAAAUUAGAGGGAAGUUCAACUGUAAUUCUACUUUUGUAGUUUACUUAGCUAUGUGUAAAAUGUGCCCUUCAUAUUAUGUGGGCAAAACGGAGCGUAGAUUACGAGAUAGAUUGGCAGAGUUUAAAGCAGAAGUGCUAAGGAAAAAAUAUGAUGAAGAGGUGGGUUACAUAGCUCUGGAAAGGGCCAAACAAGAGGCAGAAGAGCAUAAGCAGCUGAUGGCUUGGAAUGAUGCAGAGAAUAAGCGACUGCAAGAGUUGAGUAAUCCUGGACCUAAAGAUGGUGCUGAAUCUUCAGAAUCUAGCAGAUUAUCUGCAUCUGCUCUUCAGAGAAGAAAGCGCUUUUCAGCUCUUCCAAAUCUGGCUAAACCUCGUCCCUCGAUUCCUUCUGCUCAACCUUCUAGGACUGCAACCCCUAAAUCCCCACAAAGACGUGCAGUGUUGCCUGUUAGUGGUAAUGCUCCUCUUGUGGACAGUUUACCCCAAUCUGACAGCAUUGUCCCUGAAGAAAUUUCUCUCUCACCUUCUAAUGGACAACCUUCUGUUGGGCAACAACUUAGUCUUCCUCAUUUGCAAACCCCUGUUCCUCAGGUGCCAAAGUUUUCCCCAUACAAAAAACUAGGGAGCAAAGAUCCAGCUACCCAAGUCAGUCUUGUUAAAGCAGGGGAUGUUCCACAGCAAACUAUGCCUUGCCCACUAAAAGAAAGAGCAAGGCAAGAAAGCAUUGCAUCUGACCCAGAACCUUCUACUGCCCCAAAGAAGAGCCAACCUGUUUCAGACCGUGAACGAAUACAUAAAGCUAAAAAAUUGCGAGAGCUUCUAAGGAAAGAAAGGAAGAAAGAAAAGGGCUGUCUUUCAAAUUCGUCCAUUGAGAUCAUUGGCGUACCAUGGUCAUCUGAGAAACCCCAUGCCUUGACUACAAAUGAAACUGUAGAGGAAGAGGCAGAAGAUAUGGAAGAGGAUGAAGAUGGCGGUCCACUUCUUGUUCCUCGGGUUAAGGUGGCUGAAGAUGGUUCUAUAAUAAUUGAUGAAGAAGGUGAGUUUAAGGAAGUGAAACUAGUGAGUAAAAAAACUGAUAUGUUUUUCAUAGCCAUCAGCAUGGUAGGAACUGAUUUUUCUUUGAUCGGUCAGCUAUUUCCUCAUAGAGAACGACCAGAGAUUAAGAACAAAUUUAAGCGAGAAGAAAGAGUUAACGCAUGGAGAAUAGACAAGGCUUUUAAUGAAAGGAAACAAAUCAGCUUUGACAGGUUUGCCCGAUUACUGGAAAAAGUACUUGCUGAAGAAGAAAAAAAGCAGAAGACUGUAAAAACUGAAAGUGCAACAGCAAAACCUGUAAAGCCUCCUCGAAGUAAAAAAGGUAAAAACACUAUAAAGAAAAAAUCAAGCAGUGAUACUAAGACCCAUGAAACUGUUGAAAGGAAAGAAGGUGAAGCUGAUUUGGCAACUGCAGAAAAAGAAAAUGAAAUGUCCUUGAAUGUGCUGGAUCCAGAAACUUGUCAUGGUUCUACAAGUGUGCCUUCAAUCCCCAAGAAAAGAAAACUGGGAGAGAAGAAAAAGAAGCAGGAAGACAAAAAAAUUAAACAGGUAGCGGAAAACAGUACAGCAGGUGACAAUGCGCCUUCUGAAUCUAAGCAUAAAGAGAAGGAAAAAGCCAAGCCUUCAUUGCAUGAGGAAGAGGAACCUGAAACAUUUAUUGGUGGAGAGUGGGAUUAUGCUGACGGUGAUGAUGAUUACGACGACGACGAGUUUGCCAUCAGUAGUUUACCAGAAGAUGGAGAAAAGGCUAAACAGCCCGAUGAAAGCACAUCAUCCAAUACUGUUGAAGAUGACUCUCAAAAAAGAUCUACGCUUACAUGCGUCAGACCUGCAGCAGUGGCAAGGAGUCGCUUGCAGAAGAUAAAGCCCAACAUAGUGAGGGCAGCUGAGAGAAAAGCUUUAAAAGAGGAACAUAACACGGAAGAUAACACGGAGAAGAAUGCUACUCAAGAUGCUGCUGCUGAAAAAGACCAUGAACCACCACCUGAAUGUGAACUGGAGGUAUAA